AAGCUGUGUGUGUGUGUGUGUAAGCAGAAGCAGGGAUGGUUUGUGCUGGUGGAGUGGCUUCUCCUGCCUUUGCAAAGCAGCGCAGGCGGAAAAAGAAAGAGAGCGAGAGGCUGGGAAGCGGGCGAGGCGCCGCCGUUGCGAAACAUGUUGUUUACUAGGGAGCAAGUAGUCCUGUCGCUUUUAGUGGGGCUGCCGGCUUCCAGUGAAUUAUCCGCCGCCACCUUUACCCCCCGCCAUUUGCCCCCCCGACCAUCAUGGCUCUAUGCCCGUAGUCUGCUACCCGUCCAAGGAGUCUAUCUUGAGCCCACGGCCGCCGGAGCGCAACACUGUGAUGCGCCGGACCACCGUUUUGGCCCUCUUCUCCGUGGUCCUCAUUUACCUGGUCACAGGUGCCUUCGUCUUUCGCCAACUGGAGCAGCCCUAUGAGAUCCACCAGCAGCAGAAGAUCCAAGCCUACCUGGAGCAGUUUUUAAAGCUACACCAAUGUGUAGCCGCUGAGGACCUCGAGGACCUCAUCCAGCAAGUGGGCGAUGCCAUGGGCGUCGGAGUGGAGCCUGCCAUCAACAGCACAAACGCCAACAGCUCGCACUGGGAUAUGGGCAGCGCUUUCUUCUUCGCUGGCACCGUGAUCACCACCAUCGGGUUUGGGAACAUCUCCCCCAAGACUGACCCUGGCCGGCUUUUCUGUAUCUUCUAUGCCCUCGUGGGGAUUCCUCUCUUUGGCAUGCUGCUGGCAGGAGUCGGGGACCAUUUGGGAUCGUCUCUUCGGAAAGCCAUUGGCAAAGUGGAGGACAUUUUCUUGAAGUGGCAGGUCAGUGCUACCAUUGUGAGGGUCCUCUCGGCCUUGCUCUUCAUCCUCAUUGGCUGCCUCCUCUUCGUCUCCCUGCCGACCAUCAUCUUCCAGAGGGUGGAAGGAUGGACCCUUUUAGAGAGCGUCUACUUUGUGGUCGUCACGCUGACCACCAUUGGAUUUGGCGACUACGUGGCAGGUGAUACGAAAAGCGAAGAAUACCUGUGGUACCAGCCAUUGGUGGUGGUCUGGAUUCUUUUGGGCUUGGCCUACUUUGCCUCCAUCCUGACUAUGAUUGGCAACUGGUUGAGGGUGUUGUCCCGGCGCACAAGGGCUGAGAUGGGAGACUUGACUGCGCAUGCUGCUUCCUGGACGGGCAAUGUGGCCUCCCAGCUCCGUGUCCCAAACAUGGCGUUUCCAGAAAAGCUGCACAGAGUGGGCACCUUGAAAGGGAAGCCGCUGUCGCCUUCGGCCAUGUUGCAGCAGGGGGACAGCCAAGAGGUACUGCCGCCACUGCCACUACCACCGCUGCAGCAGUUGCCACCACAGCAGCAAUUGCCACCGCAGCAGCAAUUGCCACCCCAGCUGCCGCCUUUACCACCCCCACUGCUGCCACCGCCACCCCCAUCCCCGCGCCCAUCUCCAGGUACUGCACAGCGUGUGGCCCAGCUGCGGCCUAUAGACUACGCGGGUGAAAACCUGGCCUUCAUUGACGAGAGUUCGGAUGCGCUGAGCGAUGGAGGGCCGCCUUCUGCCAGGUUGCCCCGCCGCAUGCGCCCUCGGGCACGGCACCGUGCCAACACGGGCCAGCCACCAGGAUUGCCCAUGGUCCUGUUGAGCCUGACCCAGGACAAAGGUGAACCUGUCUAAGGCUAGGGCUAGGCCAAAGCCUGUCUUGGAGCAAGUUUCCGACCUAUUGGUGCAGUUCUCUUUGUUCCUCUCCUCCUGUGCCCAGCAGAGUGAAACCCAAAGCGUCUCGGCUUUUGUUUCCGUGAGGUGCUAAGUGCCCGCCUUUUUGUGUGCCCUGGCACAAACCCUCUGCACUGCGGUAUCCCAUUCUAUGCUGCCAGCUGGGCUCUGUCCCCGUUUCCAUAGACACUAGGAACGCCACCCUCUUUGCUGUGCCAACACUGGGACAAAACCUGGCAUCACCGCUCUCCUCUCCGCAUGGUGCUCCCCAACUCAGCCUUCCUCCUGGCAGCAGGAUUAUAAUCCUGUUCCCUGAGCAUCACUGGAAGCCUCAUCUCAACCUGUGUGCCUGUUAUGGUCGUCCUCCUUUAAUCUUCCAGAACUGCACCUUGUGAGUGGGUGGACAGCUCAACAUCUCUCCCACCCACUCUGGCUCCAAGCACCAGGUCUACUUCCUGUUGCAUGCUCUCUUGAUCAUCCUUGUCCCCAAGCACACACGCACAAAACUCCUCCUGCCUUGUGAGUCAAAUUAGGCGAAUAGCCACACCAAGUGUGAAUGAGUUUCAUAGCUGUUGUUCCCUUCCCCCCACGAAAUUAUGUUAGCAUUGGGCUUUUAACAGAGUAGAUGUCUGAACAGAUGUCGCCAUUAUUGAGAAGCCUCAGUGCCCGUGACAAACUACUGCUUUGGUGUAGGGAUGCAGGAGAAAUUUGGUUUAGUUCGCAUCUAGAGGCCAACCUACCAAACUGGAACUUCCCGAAACUUAAAACACAACCGUCUUUGGAGAUUCACACUCCUCUGUGUUUUGCACUGCAGUCCUCCAGCCAAGUAAUGUGUAGGAAAAUGCAUAAUUUGGCGGGUAAAGUAUGUGUAAAAAUGCUUAUAGCGCUGAAAACAAAGUGCAAAAAAAUGCAUUUUGUUUGGAGAAAACUGCUUUAUAAAAAUGUGUCUGUUAGGAGAAAUUCACACUCAAAUGCCGAUGAGUUGUCAUGAAGGCUUUUUUUCUUUCUUUUUUUAAAGCAGUUACAAAUGGAUGUAGAAAUGUGAAUAACCGAACUUAAGAUUGGAAAAAAUAAGAAACUGAGGGAAACCAGAAUCGACAGAUUUGCCUAUCCCUACCAUGGGGUGCCUGGGAAGGCUGUUUUGGGGUGUGAUUGCCUUAAAAAAUGCCAACAACUGCAUUGGGGGGGUGCCCUAUCCAACCCUCCCUGCAAUCCAGUAAUGUUGGAGAGGUAAGUAAGGUUUGGGAGUGUGUUAACCCUACAGGAGCUCCCUCUUGGUUGGGCUUCCUCCAAGGGCUGUUUGGUUACAUGGGGCAAGGCUCUGCAGCCACCCCAAACUAUAGAGAAGAGAGUGUGGGAGAAGGCUACCCUCAUCUCUCCCCGUCUUCCAUCUUUCACUUCACAAAUGUGCCUGUUCUUGACUCUGUAUAUUGGAAGUUAUUUAUUUAUUUAUUUAUUUAUUUAUUUAUUUAUUUAUUUAUUUAUUGGUCUGGUCUUCCAGAAAUUAAAACCAAAACUACACGAGAAGCA